UUUUUUUGCACUGUUCCACUUCCGGCCGGGUGGCUCUCCUCAACACACACUUGACUGUUGUCCUGUUCCUUACCAAACAUGGCAGCAAACAGUUCUUACUCUAUUGUAGAAUAUUUCGGUGGGGAUGACGGUUAUCGAUGCGGUUACUGUAAAAACGAGAAGGGAAACUUUUCUCACGGUAUGUGGUCUCAUGCCAUGACAGUUCAAGACUAUCAAGACCUCAUAGACAGAGGAUGGAGAAGAAGUGGAAAAUAUGUUUACAAGCCUAUAUUGAACAAGACCUGCUGUCCACAGUAUACUAUCAGAUGUGAUCCUGUGAAAUUCCAGCCUUCCAAAUCCCAUAAGAAAAUAUUGAAGAAGAUGAUUAAAUUUCUUUCUAAAGGAGAAUUACCAAAAGGACCCGGUGAAUCUGGGGGACCAAUGGACUCAGUGUGUGAAGAAUCAGGUGCACGAGAACCGAGUAUAAAAAUGCCAAAGUCUGCUAUUACGGACAUUCAAAAGGAAGCACUGGAGUGUCCGGCUAUCAUAGUAGUUAAGAGGAAUGAAGCAGACACCACACCCACUGGGUCAGAACUACCCAGAAAAGAUCCAGGCUCUGUCUUAGAUAGAAGAACGACUCCAGCUCCUAAACCUGGUAUAGGAUCAGAUCCCAACCGACCCCCAUGUCGGAAGGCCAAAGACUUGAGGAAAGAGCGGCGUCAUCAGAAGGAGCAGUUGAAACAUAGCAUUGUUGGGGUUUCCGCCACUUUGACCACUAGCUCUCCUCCUUCUACCCCGACCAACCAGCCCAAAGCUUUGGAAGAUUUCCUCACUGAGACAUUUGCAGACAACUCGUCUCAUUGCCUUGAGGUGAGGCUAGUGCGUUCCAAUCCCCCUUGCCCGCAGUUCAAAGCCUCUUUCGACGCCUCCUACCAGGUGUACAAACUCUACCAGAUGGCCAUUCACAAGGACCCUCCUGACAAACCCUCCGAGAGCCAGGUGAGGCUCGUAGCAGUCAGCUUUGAGGACCCACAAUUCACUGCAUCCUAUGAGCAGUCUGUGGCGCUGUACGCUCGCUACCAGAUGGCCAUUCAUGGGGAUGACCCCAGCGCAUGUGGUGAGAGUGAGUUCCGGCGAUUUCUCUGCGAUUCACCAUUAGAGGCAAAGUAUUCAGCUGAUGGGCCCGAGAUGGGUUACGGCUCCUUUCACCAGCAGUACUGGCUUGAUGGCCAGAUUGUGGCAGUGGGAGUGAUCGAUAUCCUGCCUACCUGUGUGUCGUCUGUCUACCUGUACUACCACCCAGACUUUGCCUCCUUGUCUCUGGGCUCCUACUCUGCUCUCAGGGAGAUUGCUUUUACCAGGAAGCUACAUAAACAGUCCCCCAAGCUGUCCCACUACUACCUGGGCUUUUACAUUCACUCUUGUCCCAAGAUGCGGUAUAAGGGACAGUACCGACCUUCAGACUUGCUCUGCCCAGAAACCUAUGUCUGGGUACCCAUUGAGCAAUGCCUUCCACAUUUGGAGAGCUCCAGCUAUGCUCGUUUCAACCAAAAUCUUGAUGAAGGAGAUGCCCAGGUCCUGAAAGAUGUGGGCAGAAUUCUGGUGCUACACAGACGGACCGUCAUGCCCUACACAGUCUAUUCCCGAAAGCGAAAAGGCUCUUCAGAUGAGACGGAGGUUCAGGAGUUUGCUAGCUUAGUUGGCCAGAACUGUGCUGAAAGGAUCUUGCUCUAUAGGGCCUAAACCUGAAGAAUCUUAUAAAAUCCACCUCCCAGCAACAGUCUGUCAGUUUAGCCCCAUUUCCACUAAGCAGUACAUUUACAUUUAAACAUGUUAUUUUUAUAUUAUCAGGUUACCCUCUGUUGUGUACCUACAGUAUUGGUAUUGUGGAGCUAGUACAGUGAUUGGUCAGGCGAGUAGCAGUGGAAUUGUUAUUCUUGUGCUCUAGUAAACAGCCAGGAAAGAAGUAAACAUGCAACAUUGUUCCCCCUUGUCGACGCUUGUUUUUUAAUAUAUAUAUUUAGAAAUAUAUAAUUCCACCUAGGAUUUAUUUUGCAACCGUUUUAAGAAAAGGACAAAACACAAAGGGAACUGCACCUUUUUUGGAAUUAUCAUCUAUAAACUCUAUGUGAGACAAAAACCUGUUUUUCUCUUAACCUGGCGUUCUAAAUAUGCAGGUAAUGUGAUUAAAUAAAGCAAAAGGAGGAGCUUGAGAAACUAUAUUUUAUAACCUUGUCCUAAUGAGUGCCAGGUUGAAGGCCAACAAACAUGUUAAUGAUCAAAUCGACACAUUUGCCUCCACACACCACAAGAUCAGGUGUUGGUGUUCCACAAAUGAACUGUUUGGUGGAAAUGUGACUUGUCAGUCUCUUUACUCUUUACUGAUCUUUCUGCUGCUUCGCUCUUAAUUCUUGCUCAUUUUCAUUUAAUACAACUUCCUGUGUGAUCCUAUCAAUGUAGCCCUUCACCCCCAGGCCUCACUCAACAGUUACUGUAUGUCUUUAUUAUACUUACUAGAUGUGACACUUGACUGAGAUCAGUCCUUCUAAAAGUCAUUUUGAUCCUGUGUACGCUGAACUAGUGAUAUUGACAAUAGACACACAGAAAUUAGAAUGUGCUUGGUGAUGCUGCAUUGACACUGCUCCAAUAAUUUUUAAUGUGUAAAAACACUUUUUAUUCCCUACCAUUGCAUCCCUAAGCGUUUAACCACUAGGGGUGUAACUGUACGACGUAAUCAUGUUUCAGUCUGUACCUCGCUUUUAAGGUCCCAGUUCAGUGCAUGUUCUGUAGUGUACAGUAAGGCAACACAAUUAAAAACAAAACUGCUUAACUUUUGCAUUUAUAUAUAUCGUUGGAGACUUUGGUUUACAAUGUUACUGUUUAAGAUUGUGCAACGAUACAGACAAAGUACAACAGUAACCGUUUGUAGUAAGGAUGUCCUGAUGCAAUACUGACAUCAGAUAUCUAUCUAAUGUUAUCAAAAAAACAAGUGUUGGGUAAUAUCAGACCGCAAUGAAAAUCUCUGAUACAAAUAAUCCUCCAGUGUGUUUAUUUGUGAAAAGCUGGACAGCAAGUUAACAGCUAAAAUUCCUCCAAUAAGCACACAAUGUUGAUAUUUCCUUUUAGUGAAGUCAUUUACAAUAGGUAAACAUGGUAUGCUAUAGGUAGCUAGGAUUUUGCUGCUACACAACAGCUACGCACACAAUAGCACGCAAGCUAGACAUUAUAUAAGUGUCAUUAAACAAUAUUGCAAUCUAAAACACCACAUUUGUCAAUACAAACAAGUAUCAAAUAAUUAUAGUUGUAUAUUAUUCACAUAUACAAAGUCUUCAAGGCAGAAAAUCAGAUUAGAAAGUAUCCAGUAACAAACGUGUCUGCAUCUUUCAACUUAUUGCGCCAUGCGCUUAACUUGACGAAUUAGUGUAACCAAUAGGUGUCGCCAAAAAAAAUAACACUACUUCAAAAGCGUAAAUCUGUCAUAAAGUUAGGGUUUUUCAUAUCUACCUUCGUUCUCUGAGUAAUUUCUUGUGAUCAAACCUUUUCUCACAUUCCUCACUACAUAAUAAAUGUGUAAUGAUCAGUGUUGAUAUCAUAUCGGGUUAAUAUCGGUAUUGGCCAAUAUUCAAGGAAUCUGAAGCUUUUUUAUUUUACUCGGUAUAGAAAGUAAAAUAAAAAUAAAAAGUUGUAUCCCCUACACACCCCUAGUUUGAACAGUGUUUUAUUAUUUUACAAAAUACAAAUUAAUGACGGAAAAGGUUCUCUGGGUUCUGGACUUCGAGCCAUGACUCCUGCUAGUCUAAGGCUGGGCUGUGCUGUAAAUUGUCUAAAUCACCUUUUAGGCACACUCGCUGAGAUGUUGAAGUAUCGCGAUGCUGAAUGUACCCUCCUAAAAUGACUUGAAGUAUGAGCACACAACUGUAGCAAACCUAAGGCUCCGUAGUUGGUACAGACAAAAACAGAAUGCAUGUACUGUUAUACCCCUAUAAACCACAUUAUUAUAUGUUUAACUGUCUGGCCUUGUAUUAAUACUCAUAGUAACAUGAUUUUCUUUAAAUAUCAAAUCAUUGUUUAUUAAUAACCAAAUAAAGGGCUAUGUAAUGCCUGUUGAACAA